AUGAGAAAGUGCAGUGCUAUUGAGAAAGCACUGAUGCUAUUGGUUAGCCAUAUCCAAGUUCCUUGCGGAGGAGCCAUGUUUUCUAAGUGCUCUCUCUUGUCCCCAUCCAAAUUCGUCAAUGUAACAAACCCUCUACAGUUUUCAAAUCCUGCACCAAAAUUCAUCACUAGAAGAAGCUCCAUAACAAGACCCUUGCAUCUAACACUCGCCAAAGACUCAGAUUCAGCCUCUACUUCCACUUCUUCUUCUCCUUCUCCUUUUUCCAAUGAACAACCGGUUUUCGUGACCGGCGAGGAUGUUCCAUUGGAGGGUGUCAUCCAGUUCGAGAAACCCACCUCUUCUCUUCCUUUGGAAAAAUGGGGGCGUGUGGCUCUGCUUGCUGGUGCCGACGUGUUGGCUUUGUUUUUGUUUGCGACAAUUGGAAGAUAUAGUCAUGGACUUUCUGUUUUGGACCUCGAAACUCUGCGAACAGCUGACCCUUUUAUAGCAGGGUGGUUUUUGGGUGCUUACUUCCUUGGAGGUUUCGGAGAGGAUGGGCGUGGGAUGAAUGGUCUCUCCAAGGGUGUCAUUGCUUCUGCUAAGUCAUGGGCUGUUGGGAUCCCUAUAGGAAUAGCAAUAAGGGCUGCAGCGUCAGGUCAUCUACCGAAUUAUGGUUUUGUAUUUGUGUCUCUGGGAAGCACUGCUGUUUUACUUAUUACGUUCAGAGCAUUAUUGUAUACCAUUCUUCCAGUUGACAAUACUAAGAAGAGCGAUGACUACCGCCGUGGCAGUCCCUUUGAACUCUUUGAGCUGUUGACAUCAUUAGUGCGGCGGUGGUAG